GGAAAACAGUUACUAUAGCUACAGCUGAUAGUCAGACUCUGAUAGUGACUGUACAGUGUAGGUAUAGAUGUGUAUCACGUGUAGUACAGAGAGUGAGGGAGAGUACAGAUGUGCAGCCAGGAACACAGCUACUAGAGCUACAGCAGAUAGUCAGACUCUGAUAGUGACUGUACAGUGGUACCCAGCACCACCCACACACAACUGUCCCUCCUGGAUAGUCCCAGGUCAGACAGUCAGCUGUACAUGUCAGACAUCAGACAGAGGUAACCCUGAAGGGACAGUCCACUGGAUCAGUCCUGGAGGUCAGACGAUCGCCUCAUUCGGGUCUUCAUCUGUGCAGCUCAACUUGACCUCCAUCCCGAGAUCUAACAAGGGGCUGACCUACAUCUGUAUGGCAAACAACUCUCUGCCCAGCUCGAACACUGAUAUAACUUACGUUCUCGAGAUAGCUUAUUUUGACAGCCCGCGAUUGGAGUUUGACAAGGACGACGUAGAGGGUAAUACUUUAGUUACUGUUACAUGCACCGUGGAGAGUAAUCCAAGCGCUAGGAUGACGGUAGAGAACAUAGGCAGUGAGGCAAAACCAGCAUCAGGAACUACAAAUAACCUCACCUUCACAACGAAGACGCAGUGUCAGCACAACAGGUUUCGGUGCACUGCUGAGAACAACCGCAUAAACACUCAAGCAUCUACUGUCCGACAGUUAAAUGUUGCUUGUUUACCACGUCAUGACACCAGCAAGCAAACAGACAGCAUGGUAACGGGACAACUCCAGACAACUGUUUCACUUGUAGCCAAUGUCAUAGCCAGCCCAGUACCUAACUUCACCUGGUUCCAUUAUCAAGGGAUGACCCCAGGACCAGUUGUUGUAGGUACAGGACGCAAUGUGGUCCUCACUGAGGGUCUCCAGUCGGUACUUAGAGUGUACAUCCAACGGGAGGAGGACUACGGAAUUUAUCAUGUUGUCGUGAGGAACCGUGUGGGCAGUACUUCGCUGUUCUUCAGCUUGACAAAAGAUGUAUCACCACUAGAGGCGUCAUGCAAUACCCUCCCUGUAGCUGCCGGAAUGGGAGCUGUCAAUGUGAUACUGAUUGGUAGUAUUGUCGUCAUUCUAUACAGACGAAGGCUCUGUCAAGGGACAGAUUUGCCCGAGAGGAAUAUUAAUGAUGGUGAAACAACAAUGGGCAUACAACGAGAUGCAGUAACGGAAGAGGUUUGUGUUACUUGGAAUAUCAAACCCAUCAAUUAUAAUCUUGUGAAGCAUAUAUUCUUUGUCUUGUUCCACCAGUAA